CGCGCGGGGCACCGAGGUGGCCGUCAAGGAGAUCGCCAUGGACCGCCUCAGCGCGAAGCUCCGCGACAGCCUCCUCUCCGAGGUCGACAUCCUCCGCCGCAUCACGCAUCCCAACAUCAUCGCGCUCCACGACUCCAUCAGGGAUGGUGGGAGGAUAUAUCUCAUAUUGGAGUAUUGUCGAGGUGGUGACUUAUACGCCUAUCUUCUACGGCAUAAAAGGGUUCCUGAAAGUGUUGCUAAGCAUUUUAUUCGGCAGCUAGCAUGUGGUCUUCAGAAGCUUCGUGAAAGCAACGUGGUUCAUCGGGAUCUUAAACCACAGAACAUUCUUCUUGUUUCAAAUAAUGGAACUUCCAUCUUGAAGAUUGCUGACUUCGGAUUUGCAAAAUUUUUGCAACCUUCUGGUCUAGCUGAAACACUUUGUGGUUCACCCCUUUACAUGGCUCCAGAAGUCAUGCAAGCUCAGAAGUAUGAUGCAAAGGCGGAUCUUUGGAGCGUUGGUAUUAUUCUAUAUCAACUUGUUACUGGAUCUCCACCUUUUAACGGGGAUAGUCAAAUCCAGUUGAUGAAAAACAUACUAAAGUCAGGUCAAUUACGAUUUCCAUCUGAUUGUGAGUUGAGCCAUGAUUGCAUUGACUUGUGCAGAAAGUUACUGCGAAUCAGUUCAGUGGAACGCCUUACAGUUGAAGAGUUUGUGAACCAUCCAUUUCUCUCUGAACAUGCUCCAGAGAGAAUCUUGAGUCGGACACCAUCAGACACAAGAGAUGGCUUUCCCUUCACUAAAAGCAGUCCAACGAGGCUUUCGGGCCAAAGUUCUCAAGAAGAUUGUAUGCCUUUUCCUUUAGAUCUGUCAACUGGACAGGAGGAGAGUCCUGCUCCUGAGAGUAAUGCCCCAAUGAAAUCUUAUGGGUUUGCUACUAGUAAAAAGUUGGAUAAAACUUCAGGCCAGAGUCCGUCGAAGCAUACAGGCCUGUUCUCCAGAUACAUCAUGGGCAACAAUUAUGCACCUAGCAGUCAACGUCUGGACCAUCCUGGUCAAAGGACCAAAGAAAGCAAGAUUGGUGAAGGACGUGGUGCUAAAGGUGUUCAUCCAGAAGAUUCCCCUAUCAUUGAUUCAUUAGAGUUUGUAGAUCAGGAAUAUGUCUUUGUGUCUGGACAUGCGGAAGGAUCCUCUUCUUCAACAAGUGCCUCUCUACAGCGCAAUUUACCGGCUAAAUAUGAGAAUCCUUCUGUUUCGCCACCAAAUUUAGCUGCUCUGAGUGCACCAGUGCCAAUAAAUGGCACCGCGAUAAACAGGCAACAGUCUGCUGGAACUGGUAGCUUGGACAGUCAUUGUUCUCCGAUAUCUGGUACUUCACAUGGAUCUGCUUACAUGAGUGAUGGCUUGGAUCAACCACCAUCUGAUUAUCUGACCAGGAUUAGAUUAUUGGGGCAGUAUGCUUCUACCAUAGUGGAGUUGGUCAAAGAAGAGAUAAAAGGUGGCAGGCACUUAGAGGCAUUCUCGAUCCAGCUAAUUAUUCUUGCGACCUGGAAGCAAGCAAUUCACAUAUGCAAUUCCUAUGCGGCUUCAGCUGCCAGAGAGAGUCCCUUGCAUGAUAUCACUAUGAAGGGGCUUGAUACUGACGCUCCCCAUUUGCUUGCAAACUCUCAAAUGGCUGAUGAAGAAUGCACACAGAUUGAAAGGCAGUUUCUCACUGAAGUUGAACAUGCUGAAGAACUUGCAAGCACUGUAGGACAGAUACCUGAUGCUACAGCAAUGCCCGACGCGGUUGAAUUAAUAUUUCAAUAUGCACUAGAAUAUGGAAGGCAUGGUGGUGUUGUCGAGAUGAUGGGGAAAGCAGCAGUGGCCAUGUCGCGGUAUACAAAGGCAAUAUGCUUGCUGCGUUUUCUCCUGAUGGAGGCACCGUCGCUUGCCCUCAACCCGCCUUUGUCCCUGACUAGAUCUGACCGACACCGACUGCGCUCAUACAUUGAAGCUCUCAACGCAAGGCUCAGCCAGUUGCAAUGCCCGAGUCACUGACCACUGCCGGUGGGCCUUCUUGGGGGCUGACUUGUACAAUAUUCUUUCAUUUGUACAUAUAUUUGUUGGCCCAAACGAGGGCGUGUAAGAUAGCCACGCUAGAGAUCGUGAGAUUAGCGAAUGUAGCGGAAAUCCAGUGUAACUGCCCAAACUACUACGUAAUGUGAGGCGUGUGUGCGUGUGUUGUUAACUUAUUAUAUGCAUGCUUUAUUCUGUACCAAUUAAGGCUGCAGGCUGCAGCCAUGGUCAUGAUGUGAACAGACUGAAGGUGUUGUACUGACUGUCUAUGGUUUA